AUGCGCUUUUCCUUAGCAACUGUUGCCCUUGUUGCAUUACAGUCGGUUUCGGCAUUUGCUCCUUUGGCCACACAACAAAAUGUGUUGGACAAAACAUUCCUUCGCAUGGCGGAAGAAAAUUUGCAGGGACCUCCAUAUUCUGGGCCCGCAUCAAAACCUAUUCUAGACUCUGUGAAGUUCCCCUCCGAUAUGAAGAAAUUGAGCAUGAGUGAAAUCAAGCAGUUGGCACAUGAACUCAGAUGGGAGGUCCUUGAGUCAGUUUCCAAGACUGGUGGUCACUUGAGUUCUUCGUUGGGUGUGACCGAACUGACCGUUGCACUCCACUACGUUUUCGACAUGCCAGAAGAUGAUAUCAUCUGGGACGUUGCUCAUCAAUGUUAUCCGCAUAAAAUUCUCACCGGACGAAGAGACAGAAUGUCAACUCUUCGCCGACUUGGCGGAAUUUCUGGCUUCUGCAAGCGAAAAGAGAGUGAAUUUGAUUCUUUUGGAGCAGGGCACUCUUCAACUUCGAUCUCUGCGGCACAAGGAAUGAGCAUCGGGAAGUCUUUGCUAAACAAAAGAAAAAACAACUGCGUUGCAGUGAUUGGAGAUGGUGCAAUCACAGGCGGCAUGGCAUAUGAAGCCAUGAAUAGUGCUGGAUAUCUCAACUCAAGAAUGAUUGUCGUUCUGAAUGACAAUGGUCAAGUCAGUCUUCCAACAGGUACACCUAGUGCUGGUGGUGUUGUCCCAGCAUCGCAACUUUCCACCUACACUUCGAACUUGUUGGUAUCAAAACCGUUCCAAGACUUCCGAUCCUUUGCGAAGAGCUUCAACAAGCUCUUGCCAGAAGGUAUACAGGACGUGAACAAGCGAAUUGACGAGUACGCCCGUGGAAUUGUUUCUGGAGGUACAUUGUUUGAGGAACUUGGAUUCUACUACGUUGGACCAGUCGAUGGCCACGAUCUCGACAACCUGGUUCCAAUUCUUGAAAAGUUGCGAGACAGCCCAAACGACAAACCAGUUUUGUUGCAUAUUAAGACAACAAAAGGAUAUGGCUACCCACCAGCAGAGACAGCAAGUGACAGAAUGCAUGGUGUGGGAAAGUUCAACCUCGGCACUGGGGUACAAGUAAAGAGCAAAUCUAUAGCUCCAAGCUUCACUUCUCUUUUUGCAAACUCACUUAUCGAUGCUGCAACUGAAGAUCGCGCAAUCGUUGGAAUCACUGCCGCCAUGCCAGGUGGAACUGGAAUGGAUAUUUUCGGGCGUCGAUUUCCGAAGAGAACUUUCGAUGUUGGUAUCGCAGAGCAGCAUGCUGUUUGCAUGGGAGCUGGAAUGGCAUGCGAAGGCUUGAAACCAUUCGUGUGUAUUUACUCAACAUUCAUGCAGCGUGGGUACGACCAAGUUGUCCACGAUGUUGCAGUUCAGAAUCUUCCGGUUCGGAUGAUCCUUGAUCGAGCUGGUUUUGUUGGGAAUGAUGGGCCAACUCACCACGGCUGUUAUGAUCUUGCUUAUUUGGGUUGCAUUCCAAACUUGACAAUCAUGUCCCCAAGCGACGAGAUCGAAUUGAAAAAUAUGGUGAUGACUUGUGCGGCAUUCGAUGAUGGACCUACUGUAUUGAGGUACCCGCGUGGAACCGGGUACGGAGCUGAGAAACUGCAGUCGCACUUCGGCUACAAGUUGAAGGAUGGAAAAGUACCAGCAAAGGGUGAUGUGAUUGAAAUUGGAAAAGGACGGAUUAUUCGCGGACCAAAUGCGAUGAUUGACAAUUCAUCCACAUCGAGGGGGAAAGAGCGCAAGGACAGAGUUGCUAUUCUCUCACUCGGCACGCGCCUUGACGAAGCCCUUGUAGCUGCUCAAGAAGUAGAAGAUAGUGACGAAAAUCUUAGCGUAACUGUCGCAGAUGCGCGCUUUGUGAAACCAUUGGAUGUUGACUUGGUUCGACAACUAGCUGAUGAUCACGGUGUUCUGAUUACGAUCGAAGAGGGCAGCAUUGGAGGAUUUGGCGACCAUGUAUUGCACUUCCUUGCAUUGGAUGGUCUUAUCGAUUCUGGAAAUCUGAAGUUUCGACCAAUGGUAAUGCCCGAUACAUACUUUGAAGCCGCAACUCAAAACGAACAAUACGAUCAAGCAGGUCUGAAUUCGCAACACAUUAAAGGCACUAUCCUUAGAUUGACGGAAAGAAUGAGGGUACCUGUUCUUGAAGAGGCAUAA